GUGGAGAAGAGAGGUCAGUUGAAGUACGGAACACGAAAAUUGAACCAUAAACUCCUUCCACUGCUGAAUCGGAGUCGAUCUUAAAUCUCAUCUAGGGUUUUGUUUCAAUUUCCACCGAAAAUAUAUAAUAAUUUUGUUGUUUCUAUCAUAUGCUGUAAAUGAAGCCGAUUAGGCUUCCGGAGCCACCAGGCAGCCCUAAAUCCACCGGCGGAGUGCCCGAUAUUUUCGAAGGCGGGGUUUACGGUAUCAUCCGCCGCGCCGUCAUAAUCGGCAACGGUUUUCCGGCGUCGGAGAACCAGAGCAUCGGGUUGGUUCGCGCCCUCGGCUUGUCUGAAAAGCAAACUUUCUAUCGGGUUACGAGACCAACAGGAGGAGUCAAUGAGUGGCUGCACUGGCUACCAGUUUCUGUCCAUAAGAGGUUGUACUAUAUAAUUAGCCGGAUAUAUCGGUAUUCAAGAUUUUUGAUUGCUACAAGAGCGAAUAAGCUAUUACCUCAGCCAAGGGAGAAUGGCGGCGGCAUAGGUUUGUCAUCAGUGUUGGAAGCUGAUGUAAAGAACAUUGUCAGAAUGGCUAAAGAAACUUUUGAGAAGGAUGGUCCAUUACUCGUGGUUGCAUCCGGCAGAGAUACCAUUUCAAUUGCAAGCUCUAUUAAACGAUUAGCAUCUGAAAAUGUUUUCGUUGUCCAGAUUCAGCAUCCAAGAUCCCAUUUGGAUAGGUUCGAUAUGGUGAUAACCCCACAACAUGAUUACUACCCGUUGACCCCUCAUGCGCAGGAGCAGGUCCCUCGCUUUCUUCGGAAAUGGAUAACACCACAGGAACCUCCUAAUGAGCAUGUUGUCCUCACAGUAGGAGCACUUCAUCAAGUAGAUUCUGCUGCACUUCGUAGUGCGGCCAAUGCCUGGCACGAUGAAUUCGCACCUUUGCCGAAGCCUUUGCUUGUUGUCAACAUUGGAGGGCCUACAAGGUACUGCAGAUAUAGCACAGACCUAGCAAAGCAACUGAGCGCGUCUUUGCACAAUGUUCUCACAAGCUGCGGAAGUGUGAGAAUAUCUUUUUCAAGAAGGACACCAGAAAAGAUAUCUAAUAUGAUAAUCAAAGAACUCGGAACUCAUCCCAAAAUAUACAUAUGGGAUGGUGAAGAACCUAAUCCACAUAUGGGACAUCUAGCUUGGGCCGAUGCUUUCAUAGUCACUGCUGAUUCAGUUAGUAUGUUGAGCGAGGCUUGCAGCACAGGGAAACCUGUUUAUGUUAUUGGAGCCGAACACUGUACAUGGAAGUUUGUGGAGUUCCAUAAGAAGCUAAGGGAAAGAGGUCUGGUUCGACCUUUUACAGGUCUUGAAGAUAUGUCGGAAAGCUGGAGUUACCCUCCUUUAAGUGAUACUGCAGAGGCAGCAAAUCAGGUGCAUAAAGCAAUUGCUGAGCGUGGAUGGAGAUUACGGCCAUAGGAGGACACCAUUCACUUUUGUCAUUUUGGCUUUGGAUAAAUCUCGUCACCUAAUUUGUUUUUGUAGUAGCGGCAUAUGUUCUUUUUUUCUAAGUUAUAGCCUCCAUAAAAAAAAAAGAAAAAGAACCACAGGUAUAUAAUAUAUAUCAUAUAUGUGUUGUGUUGAGCUCGAGCAGCGGUUGCAAUUCUUUAACCUUUUAUGGGUUUUUUGGUACUUGUACAAUAAAUUCGAAAGAUGAGCGAUACCUUGAGUUGGCCUUUUCGAUUAUUUGAGAUUUAAAUUUUAAGUUUCUAUAACCAUAGCAUUCUCAGUUUCCCCUAUUUCAUUGAGAUGCAUCGAAUGUUUAUAUAUCUCCCUUUUGACA